AAGUCGGGACGGGGGAGCAGGGCGGGUCGGCCCUCCGCCUCCCGGAGUCCCGCGGGUGCGCGGCCGGGACUCUCCGCUGCUGGAGGCUCCGGGGCAGUCGGCCGCGCAGGGGCGUUGAGUCCCCCGGGCGGCCGGAGCGAGGGCUGCGGGGCCCCGAGGCCGAAGGGGGGAUCGGUCGCUCGCCCUCCGCGGGAGCGGCGGACUUGGCACGAGGCGAGAGGCGAGAGGCGAGAGGUGGCGGGUUCCAAGCCCCGCGGAGCUUUGGCCGGCGGGGCGGGGAUCCCCCGCCGGCAAAAGCCGAACUUUCGCUCCUCCGCGCAGCGGCCGAAGGGAGCCGAAGACCGAGCCGCUUUUGGGGAAUGGCUGCUAAAUUGACGAAGUGCCCUCGGCUGCCUGGCAAAAGCCGCGACGGCUGAUCUUUAUUUUCCUGCCUUCCCUCCGCUCGGCGUGUGACUUUUAUUAAAUUCAAACUUCUUGCAAAGCCAGGAGACUUUGGAGCCGGGAAGGUUAGAAGAUCUCUGGGCGGCUGCCGCGAAUGGGGGGGUGGAAUCCCCCGGCCGUCCUGGAGUGUGAGAGUUUCUUUUUCUUUUUGGAACUCUGCUGGUCAGCUGCUUUUGUGGCAAACGGGAAUAAUUUUCUGGCGUGAAUGUGAAGAGGAAGAGAAGGAAGGCAGCUGAGGUUUCUGGUGCUGGAGGUUGGGUGGAAGGAAGUAGAGAAGUGGGGGGGGGGAGAAACCAUCGAGGCAGACUUUCUCAAGCAAGCUGCCCCCCCUGGAAUUAACUUCUGAAAGGAUCCUUUGGCUCUUUGGGCUGAGAAGAGGCCUGUUCAGCAUCAGCGGCCAGGCAGCGAGUCUCCAGAGUGGGGACGGGGGGUUGUCUGGCUUUUUUGCAGCAGAAGAGAGCCAAGCCCCCUCCCCUUGGGGCAGCCGCAGGUGGUCCUUGGGGCAGGUACCUGGGCAGAAGGGGCCUUUCCUGCCUGCUCCUCAAGGCGAGGCCCGUUUCCUCUGGUCUGCCCAAGAGGGAUGCAAAGUGGCUGCCCCCCUGGGCUGGCAGCUCCCCAGCUUCACUCUCCACUUGGCUCCCCCACCAUGGACCCUGGAAAUGACCCCCUCCUCUUUGCCGACAUCCGCCUGUGUGGCUACCUGCGCAAGCAGAAAUCCCGCCGUCGUCGCUACUUCGUGCUGCGCUGUGGGGGAGAGCGGGGCCCCCCCCGACUGGAGUAUUAUGAGAACGAGAAGAAAUUCCGGGCCGGGGGCCUCUGUUCGCGCCCCAAGAAGACCCUCCUCCUCGAGGGCAUGCUGACCAUCAACAAGCGUGCGGAUGCCCGGCACCAGCAUCUGAUCGUCCUCUGUGGGCGCGAGGGCACUUUUGGCGUGGCCGCAGAGAGCGCCGAGCAGCAGGAGGCAUGGUACCUGGCCAUGGUGGAGCUGCAUGGCAAGGGAACAGCCCCCUCGGAAGGGGACGGUGAGGCUGCCCAGCCUGUCCCGGCCUUCAAGGAAGUCUGGCAGGUGAGCCUGCGCCCGAGGGGCCUGGGGCACUCCCGGAACCUGGCCGGGGUCUACCUGCUGUGCCUGACUGAGAAGACGGUCAGCUUCGUCAGGCUGAACUCGGACGAAGCUGCCGUGGUCCUGCAGCUGCUCAACAUCCGGCGCUGCGGCCACUCGGAGAACUACUUCUUCAUGGAGGUGGGGCGCUCGGCUGCCACGGGACCCGGGGAGCUCUGGAUGCAGGUGGAGGACCUGGUGGUUGCGCAAAACAUGCACGAGACCAUACUGGAGGCCAUGAAGGCCCUCAGCGAGGACUUCCGGGGCCCCGGCAGGGGCCAGGCGUUGCCUUCCACUCCCAUCCUAGUGCCUGCGCGCCGGCAGCCGCACGGCAACCCUCUCCCCAGCCAAGGGGGCUUCCCGUGGAGGAGCCGCCCCGAGGGAGGGACGCCGUCUUUGGGUUGGAGCCCCGCAACCCUAGGGCAAAAGAAGCUAGCGGCCAGAAAGCCAGAUUCCUUGAGCGACUACAGUGCCAUGUCAUCUGACGAAGGUGGCUCCAGCCCGGGGGAGCUGCGGCCCCCCAGCACGCCCGACCCCCUGAGCGCCAUGGUGGUGGAUGGGGAGCUAGACUACAUCAGCAUGGGCCAGCGGAUCUCCCUCGACGGAGCCAGCCUACCAAAGUGGCCCUUGGAAGGUGUGGCGAGCAAGCGGGCAUCUCUGCCCCCACUGGUGCUAGGCAAGGGCACCCCUGGCCUCCUGCGUCGCAGGCAGUGCACCAAUUCUGCUGUGGUUUCAGCAAGCUACCCCGAAGGACUGAACCUCCAUGGCGCGGACCCUGGGUACAUGGCCAUGCUGCCAGGGGCGGCCCUGGGCCCUGAGGAGCAGGAUUAUGUCCCCAUGACACCCAGCAGUGUCUCUCCCCCCCGGGAAAGUGGGGGCUACAUGCUGAUGUCCCCCAGCAGGAGCUGCUCCCCAGAUGGGAUGGGCCAGUGGGCCGUGGGGGGCGAGGAGAGCAAGUCUCCAGCCGGCGAGUACGUGAAUAUGUCCCCAGCUGGGCAGGCGGCCCCAGACACUCCCUCGGAGUACUUGUUGCUGCCUCUCCUGGGCCCCCCUCCAGUCUUCUCCCCGCCACACUCCUGCAGGCGUGGCCCCAGAGCCCCCUGGCACCCUGCUUCCCCCCGGCGCCUCUCCUGCUCCUCAUCCACCAGCUCAGAGAGCCUGGAAGAGGCUGCCCGCUACCCCCUCGGCCUGCUUGUUGACCCACCCGGAGGUGCCAAGGCAGCUGCAUCUUACUCGGGAGCCAACUACGUCAACCUGACGCUCCGAGUGAUGCCAGCAGACUCCAGCCAGGUGUCAGUGCCCGACUGCUCCAGUGAGCUGCUGCCUGGGCCCCCAUUUGUGAGUUGCCACUGCGAGGCCAAGGGAAACGCCGCACCACUGGACCGGGCCCCACGGGAGAGUGGGCUGAACUACAUCGACCUGGACCUGGCCCUCCCUCUGCGUCUGUCUGCCGGCCCCUGCCAGGCACAACCACCCCACAGCUACGCCAGCAUUGACUUCCAGCGGCUGGGCGAGCUGCCGGGGGCAAGCCCCAAGGGGCCUCCAGAACUCUGACCUUCUGCUGGGAGCUCCAAGGCAGUUCGGCAUCGGAUCGCCUCCCCCUCCUCUCCCUCUGGGGCUGGACAAUCCGUUUCUCCCUUUCUGCCCCCCCCUCCCUGGCCCUGCGCCCAUGCCAGGUUGGGAGGGAGGAGGCCUGUAGCCCCCCCCUGCAGGACCCCUGCAACGCUGUUCCUGUGCCUCCCAUGCACCAAAGAUGAACUGGGGGAGGGGCGUGUCUGGCCCUGGGUUUUGGGGUGUGCAAAGAGGGGGAUGACCCCAAAGCCCUUCAUGCUCGGAAUGAGGGAAAGGAAUGGAUUUGACCCUUGGUGUUUGUGCCUUGGGACCCCCCUCCCCUCAGACUUGUAACCUCCGUCCUCCCUGACCCCCUCCCCAAAUGUAAGCUGCAUUCCUCCUUCCCAGCCCCCUUUUGUUGCUGCUGCUGCUGCUGCUGCAUUUUGCACAGGCCCGGCCCCACCAGUGUCUUCAGUGGGUGCAGCCCCCCCACUCGCACAGACCCCUGUUGUCUGGGCUGGCCAAAGAAACCAUGCUCCGUUCUGUGCCUGCUUUCUGGCCUUUACAAUAAAGACCGUUUUAAGUAUGGAAGAAAAA